AUGACCAUCAAUGUUCGCUCCAACCAAGGUCCCCCAGUGCCUGCACAGUGGCUUCGCCCAACACCAAAAGACACCUCAUUCGAAGAAAUGCAAAAAAGGCUCCGGACAGAUGGCUACGUCUUUGUGAAAAACCUACUCCCACGAGAGGAGGUCCAAUGUGUUCGAAAAGAAUACUUCGCCCAUUACGAACCAACGGGGAUAGUAAAGCCUGGGACUCCCCUCGAAGACGGUAUCUUCAAUGAUGAAAAUGAUCCACUUGCCCAUGGAGGUAUCGGAGCGGGAGAACUCCCUCCUACCGAUCUACAAGUGAAGACUAUGAUUGAAGCGCACACCCGACCGGAAUACCUGCAGAUGUUGGAAAAUGUGGAAUUUCGGGCAUUCGUUAGAGGAAUCAUGGGCUGGGAGAAAGAGAUAUUACUUACGCGUACAAUGAUAAGACAUAAUGCACCAGGUGCGUUGAGUACUGGGGUUCAUUACGAUAAAUUAUUUCUGAGAAAAGGGGAGGCGGAGUUCCUGACUGCUUGGGUUCCUAUUGGAGAUACAAAGGCAACAGGUGGUGGGCUGAUGUACCUUUCGGACUCAGUCUCUGUUGGUCGUGAAAUCGAGGAAGACUUUACGCGAAGAGCAAAGGAAUUGUCAGACGAGGAAAGAUUGAGUGCCUUCAAUGUUCACAUGGAGAAAUACGGUCAAUUAUCUCAGAACGCGAGUGAGUUUGGAGAGUUACACCAGUCAGAUGGUGAAAAAUCACGUCGUCAUUGGCUUGCUGCAGACUAUGAAGCCGGCGAUGUGGUAUUUCAUGAUCCAUAUAUUGUGCAUGCUAGUUUGAAGAAUGAGGGAUUGGAUGGAAGAAUCCGUGUUAGUACAGACUUGAGAUUUUAUGAAGAUGGAAGUGAUAUGGAUGACCGCUGGAUGAAGCUAUGGACUCCCGGUGAUGGUCUUUAA